UAAACAAUCACCUUUGUUAAGUCCUAUGCCUUGGGAUAUGGUGGUUCAUCACAGUGAAGAGCACCAAACAACAGAAUAAAAGUGCCCUUAAUACUUCUUUCUCCAUACGGAACCUGACUAUCUACUAUCCCUAUCUUGAUAUUCAUUCGCAAUGAUGAGUUUGGAGUCUGAUUCUCAAAGAACGGCCACAUUACGCUGUGUUUUUAUGACUGGUGUAACCGGAUUCGUCGGCGGCACUAUCCUAUCCUGUCUUUUGAAGGCACAUCCUAAUGUUUGCGUCAAAGCUUUGAUCCGUGAGGAGAAGUCCGCUAAAGAACUCCAAUCGGUCUAUCCAAAUCUCACCCCCAUCAUCGGCGAACUUUCCUCGCUUUCUCUCCUCACAUCCACGGCAGAAGAGGCCGACUUCGUCAUCCAUGCUGGAGGAGACAAUGUCCCUGCUGUUUGUGCGAUGAUAGAUGGAUUAUCAUCCCGUGUCACCGAUGGAUCGCCCAUGCCACGGCUGAUCAGCCUAACCGGCCCGCGAAGUCUUAUUGACUUCUCGAGUCCCAUCACUGGAAAUCUGAAUGAAAGCAGGCCUCCUUGGAGCGAUAUCUUGGACGGGCAUGCAAUACUGAACGUGCCGAAGGAUCGCAUUCACGCCGGUGCUGACCAAGCCAUCAUCGCUUACAGUGCUGGUAAAGGAGUGGGCACAAUGCUGAUAUCGCCUGGUCAGUUGUGGGGACGGGGCAAGGGCCAUCUGAAGAAGGAGAGCAAUUCGGCGUUCUAUUAUGCCGCUGUUAAGAGCCGUGGACGGGCCUUCGUAAUCGGUGAGGGUACUGCAACAUGGUCUUGGGUCUCCAUUAGUGAUUUAGGAGAUGCAGUCGUGUUCCUGAUGGAUCAGGCAUUGAGCAAGAGACGAGGACAAGUAGGAACAAAUCAAGACGGCUACUACUUUGUUAGUACGGGAGACCUGAGUAUGGUGGAAAGGGCUAAAGCUGUCAGUGAGCGCUUGGGCCUUGGAGAAGUUGAAAACGUGUCAGUUGAUACCGCAAGAGAGAUCCAUCCAUUUGGUCCCAUCAUGUGGGGUUGUGGUGAAAGAAUAAGACCUGACAAGCUGCUCGAGCUUGGUUGGAGGCCGAAACAGACCGAAUGGAAGGCUUUGAUGGAAGAAGAAGGCGGAGAGAGAGCAUAAUUGCAGGCAUAAGAUAGGGUUUCUUGUAACUACUAAAGCAGAAAGGAGAGAGUACAUGUUAUAUUUUCUUUCUUGUCUUGGCUCUACUUGAUCUUGCGGCCGAGCUUGGAUGUCAUGGCGAAGUUAUGCUGAAAGGACAGAUGCUUGAGGAGGUGAAUGAUAGCAAUGAAACAACACUUGCUCAAGUCGUGUACCGACAGCAAGAAGAUGUUGCGUUAGAACUAAUCAAGAGAGGAGCCAAUGUAAAUGUAGAGUAUGAGCGGAACGACAGGAACUUGUUGCAUUAUGCGAAGGGGUUGUAUCUGCAUGAGCUUCAAGGUGUACUGAGAGAGAAAGCUAAGAAUUGGGAGGAGAUGCAGAACAAAGUGGACAUAUGGGGAGACACGCCAAAAGGAAUAGGCGGGGACGAGGAUAUUGAAUCCUUCUAGAUAGGGAAUCUCAUUAUCAUUACUGCGCAGUCCAGUCCUAUAUAUCCCUAAAAUCACAUAAAGGCGUCGCUCGGUGUAUAUCCAUUUCUACCAUAACCUCA